GGAGUCGCCACGGGAUCCCCUCAGCGUCCUCUUUCGGCCACCCUUCUUUGAGCUAGAGGCAACCAACGAAGCCCAACAAAUAAUGCACACCAGACCAGAAUCCAGACCAGGUAGGUAGUGCUGUCUGACUCCCGACUGAGCUCCAGAUGACUUGUCAGUGCGCCCAGAUCACAUUGACCAUUGGCCCGUCCCUUCCGAACAGUUCCACUGCUGGAUUGCAUGGCUACCUAGCUCCUUGGGUCUUCCUUCUCUUGGCCUGCUUCAAAGCACUAAUCUCAGAUCUCUUCAGAUCGCUGAAGCUUGCAAGGUCAUCUUCACAACCCUCGGCAUUGCAGUCGUACAAAGCAUUUUGGUGCCACGCUUACUGCUGCUAUCUUACUCGAGCAUAUGCAUUGAGAUCUGCUAAGGGGCGCUCAGAAGAAGCUGGCAAGUUGGAGAGAUUUUUCGCAGGUGACUCGAUCCAAAGUCCAUAUUCACUACUACUUAGAUCAGCCCUUCCUUGGUUGUUCCGUGGAGAGUUCAGCUCAGCAUCUCAGACCCUUCACCCUCUAUACGUAAGCUGAUCACGACAGGCACACUUCAAGUAUUUCCCCUGGAGUGAAAGCCUGCAGCGCCCCUUUGAUAGGCCGACAGAGCAUCAACAUUGGACGGCACUCUGUAGCAACCAUGAAGGCUGCCACAUUAACCCGCACGGGCGUCUCCCAAACCCCAGCCGGGUUUGCCGCUAACCCACAUGCUGCACUGGGGCCCCAAUUCGCCGGCCUUCGUGCAAUGCCGCUGCCAAAGAAGGCUGCCCCGUGCGCCGCACCCCCCCAAAACAGGGCCUCGGUGAUCUCCGCCACUGAAAAGGUGCCCGAGAAGAAACCCAGGGAUGUGGCCGCAAAGGCGGUCGCUACGGCGCCCCCCCCGCCGAUGCAGGGGGAAAGUGCCCCCCCACAGGUCGAUGCGGAACGGUUGGUGCCUCGGGUGGCCAAGAAUGAGGAGGGGUUUUGGGAGCUGAAGAAGGAGUUCCAAGCCAGUCUAAACCCAGCUGAAAAGAUCAAGCUAGGGGCUGAGCCCAUGAAACUGUUUACGGAGAUGCGGAUCAAGGACUUGGCAGAGCAGGGCUUUGCGGAGGUGGACAAAACGAAAGAAGGCAAGGACGACAUUGACGUCCGGCUCAAGUGGAUGGGGCUCUUCCACAGGCGCAAGCGCACACCCGGGCGCUUCAUGAUGCGGCUCAAGAUCCCCAACGGCAUCGUCACGGCCAAGCAGACCGCAUACCUCGCCAGCGUGAUCGCAAAGUACGGUGCUGACGGCUGCGCUGACAUCACCACGCGUCAGAACUACCAGCUGCGUGGAAUCCUGCUGGAGGACGUUCCGGAAAUCAUGAAGGGUUUUGAGGAGCACGGGUUGUCCGCGAUUCAGUCGGGGAUGGACAACGUGCGCAAUGGGGUGGGGAGCCCCCUUGCAGGCAUCGAUCCUGAGGAGAUUCUCGACACAAUUCCUUACAACAUUGCCCUCAACGACUACAUCAAUAACAACAAGAAGGGCAAUCUCGACAUCACGAACCUGCCCCGCAAGUGGAACGUGGCAGUGGUUGGGACGCACGAUUUGUACGAGCACCCGCAUAUCAACGAUCUCGCUUACAUGCCCGCGACAAAGGACGGAGUUUUGGGUUUCAACAUCCUAGUGGGGGGGUUCUUCUCCCAGAAGCGCUGCGCCGAGGCGAUCCCCAUGGAUGCGUGGGUCCCGUCAGAUGACGUCGUGCCGCUCUGCAAGGCCGUUCUGGAAGCUUUCCGCGACCUGGGCUCCCGCGCCAACCGCCAGAAGGCGCGUAUGAUGUGGCUCAUCGACGAGAUCGGUCUCGAGGCGUUCCGGGAAGAGGUCGCCAAACGGAUGCCCACCGGAACCAUUCCAAGGGCCGGAACGGACAUGGUGGACCCCACGUGGAAACGGCGGAGUUAUUUCGGUGUGAACAAGCAGAAGCAGGCGGGGCUGAACUUCGUGGGCGUGUUGGUGCCGGUUGGCCGGUUGCAGGCCGACGACAUGUUCGAGUUUGCGCGCGUUGCGGAAGAGUACGGCAGCGGCGAGCUCCGCAUGACGGUCGAACAGAACUUCAUCAUCCCGAACGUUCCGGACGACAAAGUCGAAGCCUUUUUGGCGGACCCGCUGUUCAAGAAGUUCACGCCGUUCCCGAGCAACCUCAGCGCUAACCUGGUCUCCUGCACGGGCAGCCAGUUCUGCGGCGUGGCUCUUAUUGAGACCAAAAAUCGGGCGCUCGACAUCACGGCGCAGCUGGAGGCGAGCUUGGACGUCCCCACGCCCGUCCGGAUGCACUGGACUGGCUGUCCGAACACCUGCGGACAGGUCCAAGUGGCGGACAUCGGGUUCAUGGGCGCGGCCGCGCGCGACGAGAACAAGAAGCCGUGCGAGGGCGUCGACAUCUUUUUGGGGGGCCGCAUUGGCUCCGAUUCGCACCUGGGGGAGUGCGUCAAGAAGGGGGUGCCCGUGAGCCAGCUCGUCCCGGUCGUCGAAGAAUUGUUGAUGACGCACUUCGGGGCGACACGGAAGGCGGUCGCGGCGUGAGGGGGCCGCGGGGUUUCUGGGUGACAUCAGCGUGACGUCACUCGGGAAAGGAGUGAGUGCUCGGGGGAGGUGGCGAGGAAAGCUUCCUUGUCACGCGGGGGGGUUUGACGGGGCGCUUACGGAGGUUAAGGCUAGCCCGAACGCACGUUAUUGAAAGUCACCAGCUAGGCUUAGAUGGACUACAUUCAGUCGGGGGGGUAACCCUCACAGAUACACGCUACCAAAUUGCUGGCUCGACAAGCAUCUCAGUAUCUUACGAAGGAUCAGUUCAAACGGUGUUUGUCGUUGGGUAAUCAAGAAGGGUCGACUGAACCGCACUUAUUGAACAGCGGCAUGCUGUGCCCAACACAAAAGAGUUGGAAGUUAGUUGUGUGGGUAGCCUCUAGAAUCUACUAGACCCGUCGACGAAGCAGGAACGAGCAACCCAACUGGAUCAUCUGCUGGAGUUGGACCCGCCUAUUUUAGUGUCAAGUGUACAUAAAUGGUAACGUUGAUAUUGUUUGUCAGAUUCAUUGCGUCGAAACAGCCCCCACAUGCACUCAAAUUACGCUAAUUACCCUACUACAAAAGGCAUGGUCGCAUGCGUUUUGGAAUCGCGGC